CAUUGUUUCACAUUAGUUUAGUGCUUAUUUGCCUGCACGUCCCCAAUAAACUACACUCCUGCCAAUCUGUCACCAUGACGGUCCAUAUUAAACCCCUUUACCCCUUUUCUCUCACCUUUCUUUCUCACUCACUCACUCCCACAUCUCCGGCCAACCAUAACUCUUGUUCCUUCGCCACCCCACAACCCUAUGAUCACAUAAUCAACGUCCCAGAUUCACCCCCUACCUUACCAUCAUGAACCGUAGAUUUCACACCAACACUUUUGUCACCGACCCAGAUGAGCCAGAAGCAGAAAAUGGGCCGGACUCACCCUCCUCUGGUGAUGACACCAAGAUUUCUAGUGCACCAUCACCCAAAAAAAGUAAGAGGGAUUUGAAGAAGAGGGUGGUGUCAGUGCCGAUCGGUGACGUGGAGGGAUCUAAGAGCAAAGGGGAGGCAUACCCACCGUCGGAUUCGUGGGCCUGGAGGAAGUAUGGCCAAAAGCCCAUCAAAGGGUCUCCUUAUCCUAGGGGAUAUUAUAAAUGCAGUAGCUCAAAGGGGUGCCCGGCGAGAAAGCAAGUGGAGAGAAGCCAUGUGGACCCCACUACGCUCUUAAUCACCUACGCCUCUGACCACAACCACCCUUUGCCCACCUCCAAAAACCACUCCUCCUCCACCAAAGCCGCCGCCGCCGCCGCCACGUCAGACACCACCACCAAAGUUCCCGCCAAUUUCCCUCCAGAGGAAGUCAGCGUCUUUAGCGAAGAGCCGUCGUCGUCUUCGCCGCCGCUACUAGACGACCACUUCGAGUGGUACUCCGACGUGGCGACUACCAAAAUAUUAGAGAGCCCGGUUAGCGCGGGAAGCAUGUGUACGGAGGCUGACGUGGCGAUGGUGUUUUCUAUGGGAGAAGAGGAGGAGUCUUUGUUCGCUGACCUGGGCGAGUUGCCCGAGUGCUCCCUGGUUUUCCGCAGCAGGAGAUCUAGCGUUGUCGAACUAGAACCGGACAACAACAACAACAACAACGUUGAGUCGAACCGGACGAGUUGUGGUUUAAGCGUGCUUCCCUGCUACGGCACCACAGGAUAAUAAUUAAUAAAUUAAUAAGACUCACUCACUAGUUGUGGAUCAUUGGCUGGCUCAUUGCAUUAUUCUCUUUAAUUGAUAUCUUCUAAAAUUGUAUAUUAUAAUAAUCAAUCCCGUAUCGUAUCUGGCGCCGUAAGAAACUCACCCUCCAAAAAAAGUUGAUUAAAAUAUAAAACGUUUCUUACUGUUUGUUUUCA